AUGAGUCCACUCAUCGAGCAAAUUGGUCUUUUCGACUCUCUUUCCUCAACAAGAAACCUGAUCUUACUUGCUCUGUCGCUGAGCGCAGCGAUAUUGCCGGCAUGGAUCCUGCUUGAGUACGCCAAAGUCUUACGGCUACGCCGUCUUAUGCCUCCAGGUCCAUUCCCACUACCUCUGGUCGGCAACUUUUUUGAUAUCCCAAAAGUCAAGCCGUGGCACAAAUUCGAGGAGUGGUCCAAACAAUACAAAGAUCCUCUCAUAACGCUCUGGAAUGGCCAUCGACCUAUCAUAGUCUGUAACGACUGCUGGACAAUCUCUGACCUCCUCGAAAAGAGAGCUAAUAUAUAUUCUGGUCGUCCUCACAUGGUGGUCAUGGGUGAUAUGAUUAACGGCACUAAAAACAACCAAGUCGCACUUGGAUACGAUGAUAGCUGGAGGACUCAUCGACGUUUAACGCACGCUGUUGUCGGAUCUCAAGCUGUUCGAUCGCAUCGAAGCUUUCAAGGUAAUGAAACAAAAGUCUUGUUGAAGGAUCUGCUGGAAACACCAAAUGACUACGUCAUGGCGAUCGAGCGAUACUCUUGUUCGGUGGUCUCCAUUAUCGGUUGGGGACGCAGGAUUGAAAAGAUGAACGACUAUGUCGCUCAAACCGCUCUUUCAUUUAUGGAAGUGGUCGACAUGGUUGUUCCGGGGGUGUAUCUUAUGGAAGCUGUCCCCUGGCUAGCGAAGUUACCUCCUUGGAUUUAUCCGCUCCCAACAAUCAUUCGGCAGAGCUCCCUCCAUCUUCAACGAUAUUUCUAUGCCCUUUCAAAAGAAGGCGCCGAGGCACCGCAGACGAAUUUUGCACAGCGUCUUCUCGCCGAGCAACAAAAGAUCGGGCUGAGAGAUGCUGAAAUAGCUUCGCUGACCGCCAACUUGAUCGGAGGCGGUGUCGAUACCACCAGCAGCUCCAUGAUUUCUUUUAUACUAGCCAUGUGUGUCUUCCCAGAGGCGCAGAAAAAGGCACAAGAAGAGAUUGACCUUGUCGUCGGCCAAGAUCGAAUGCCAGACUGGGACGACUCGCUUCCCUAUUGCGCAGCAAUUGCUGAAGAGGUUCUUCGAUGGAGGACUGUGACAGUUCUCGGUGGAAUUCCCCAUGCCCCUAUUCAGGACGACGAGUACCGAGGCUACUUCAUCCCUAAGGGCACCUCAAUCACGGGGAACGUCUGGGCCAUUCACCGCCACCCGCGCGACUUCCCUGAACCGGAUGUCUUUCGACCGGAGAGAUUUUUGGACCAAAAGCAGCCGUAUCCGAACAAGAAAGGCCACAAUGCUUUUGGCUGGGGCCGGCGCCAGUGUAGUGGCCAGCCUCUAGCGGAACAGGGACUCGGCAUUGUCGUUGCUCGUAUGCUUUGGGCAUUCAACAUCCAAACAGGUCUCGAUGAGAAGGGGCAGGAAGUGAAGCUGGACAUCUUUGCGUAUACACCAAGUGAGAACAUGCGACCGAAGCCUUUCAAAGCGAGAUUUAUUCCCAGAAGUCCACAGAUUGUCGACACGAUCCGGCACAGCGCGGAGGUCGCGAAACGAGAACUCGCGGUCUAUGAUAGUGAGAGCAAGUUGACCUUGGCCGACGUCUAAUACCAAAACAUGAGGUCUUGGUGGAAUGAAGAAGUUGGCAACAUUGUUGGGAGACUACAUCCCCCAAGCAAUCAUUUGAAGCACCUACAGGACCUGGAUACCCUUUUCUCGCUGACAAGAAAGUCGGCUACCUGAAAGGCAGACUCAAGUCGUGUAGAAAUGUUAAGCACCCGACUGCCUGGGGAUCUCAUUUCACGGAUACGAACAA